CAGAUGUCGCUCGUGGUUCGUAAACAAACCUUCCUCCCAGUGAAAAACUUGGCGCCAAAAGUACGUGUUGUGAUAAAACGUUCCCCGAAAAGGAGUUUCGCGUUUUGCGUUCAUAAUAGCCAAAUGUUUUCAUCAAAAACGAAAACCGCAACCUAUCAAAGUAUUUGGAAAAACAACAAGUGAAAUAGUGAAAAGUGUUCAAGUUAUCCAACGAAAUGGCUGAUACCAGUCAAACGCGGGGAAUCCUUUCCGAAAUACCUGAUCGUGGCGACCGUCCCCGCCUAGCCGAAACUCCUACAAGAAUGCUGGCCGAAGAACCGACUCCAGCAAAUGUUCUCCACAACACCUUUGGCUCAGAUCCACUUGGAUACUUGCAACCAUCAAUUCCGUCACCUGAUGAAAUAAUUAUUCGUCAGCGAGGAAGGCGUCGCCGAGUGAAACUAAACUGGUCGCCGGACAAAUGUCCGGUACCAAGCCGGUGUCCGUUUCAAAAGACGCCAACCAAGACGUCGACUCCAAUGACUUUGCGCAGCUCACCGAGAAAGAGGCUUUUGGAUGGGUUGAACUUCCAAACGACACCAGAGAAAGCCAGUAGACCGUCGCCACUGAAGCUAACUCCGGAUUCGAAUUUAAGGACGCCCAGGACCUUGACUACACCUUUGCUGAAGCGUUUGAUGUUGGAUGAAGUGAACUCAACUCCGCACAUGAAACGUAUGCGGUUCGAAGCAGGAAGUUCAGAAAAGAACCAGUCGCUGAACGAAGAAAUACACCAAGACCCUCAUCACAAAAUCAAGAGCAGCUUAAACCUCAUGAGCCACAAGCAGUUGGUCAACAUGAUCCUGGAUAUGAUGAAGGAAAGCCCACAAGUCGAGGCAUUAGUAACCAAAACUGCACCGAAACCCGAUUUAAGCGGCUUCUGCGAUGACCUAAAGGACAACAUUCGCCAAAUACACCGAUGCUUGCCGAAAUCAUCAACUCGUUGCAGUUCAACAUCCGUUUACCCUCGUGUUUCGGCUCACAUCAAGGAAUUCAAGGAGACUUUGCUGUCCCAGUGCACCCGUCUAUACAAAGCGAACCAAUGGGAGCUAAUCCUAGAGUAUCAUCGAAUUGCUUGGCCAAUUGUUCGCUCCUUGCCCGUUUGGGACAACGCCAAGUACGACUCCGGCCGGACCCAGUGCUUCAAGUUCCUUUGCUCAAUGGUUUCCAUCGCCUUGAAGCGCAACGGUGAACAUUUUGACCAGACGAAACUUGAAGAAUUGCAGAGAAUGCUGCAAGUUGAGGUGAUCGAUUCACGCGACGUUUUACCAGUUAUUGACGAAGUCAAGAGAGUCCUUAGAGAGGUUGUUUAGUACCCCAAAGUCCUUUUGGGUUGAUGUUUUGAAUUUAUCCAGUUAACAUUGUAGUUUUACGAGGAUUGACGUAUUUUUACUGACUAACUGAUUUGUCUUUGGUGGAACGCACCAAUUCGUAUUAUUCUAAGCUUUAAACGUUAUCCCCCGAAUAUUUAUAGUGAAACCGUAUGAGUUGCUUUUACUAAUUAACAAUAAAAUGCAGUUUUAAAUAACUUUGA